AUGAUUUAUAGCAUUUUCUUUGACUGCGGUAACGGAAAAUAUAUUGGACACUACUUGACAUGCGAUGGCCUGGAUGAUUGUGGCAAUUGGGCCGAUGAACUGUCGUGUACUAAAAGUCCCAGUGCUAAGACACGACCUGUUAUUGUUGACGAAAGUCUCAUUAAUUGUAAUGAUAGCUACAAUACAUGUAUACCUAAUAAGUGGCUGUGCGAUGGUCUUAGAGACUGUUCCAAUGGUAACGACGAGAUGAACUGUACGAAAGAAAAAUCUUGUAGCAAAGGGUUCAGUUUGGGUGGUAGUGAUAACACAACUUGUAUUGAUAUCAAUGAAUGCGAUGACAUUUUGAAAGGACAGUGCAGUCAAGAGUGUAUCAAUACUUAUGGUGGAUAUAAAUGCAAAUGUAGUGAAGGAUACAAAUUGAUUAACAAUAGGAGUUGUAUUGCCGCUGAAGAGGAACCACUUCUGUUUUUCUCAAAUAGUAAAGGCAUUCGUGGUUUUUGGCUCCGAAGCAAACAAUUCUUUCCCGUUUAUCAAACAUCCAAACAGACCAUUGGAAUAGAUUUUUUAGCCAAAAAAGAUAGGGUUUAUUGGAUUGAAUUAGACUCGUCUUACAGAGUCUACUCAACCACUCUUAUGGUUAAUUACUUCAAAACUAUUGUCACAAAAGGUCUUAAAGCACCUGAAGAUUUGGCUAUUGAUUGGGUCGGAGAAAAUAUAUAUAUAUCUGACGGAGAAUUAAAUAAAAUAAUAGUCUGUAAUAUUGAUGGAGAUAUAUGUGCUUCGGAUUUAUUUGGUGUCUUAGAUAAGCCACGAGCCAUAGUUGUCGACCCAUCAAACGGAACUAUAUAUUGGACUGAAUGGGGAGAGCAUCCGGGCAUAUAUGUGGCGGGAAUGGAUGGUUCAAACAAACAUCACUUAAUAAACAAUAAUUUGAUCCGUCCAAACGGUAUUACAUUGGAUUCGGUGACUAACCGAUUGUAUUGGUCUGACGUCAAAAUAAGCAAAAUUGAAUACUUGGAUCUGAAGACAAAUCAAAGAGUAAUUGUAAUAUCAGACAAAGUUUUUUAUCCAUUUUCAUUAGACGUAUUCGAAGACUGGAUUUAUUGGAGCGAUUGGGCGACAGAUUCAUUGGAUAAGAGCUACAAACUGACGGGACAUAACCAGACUGUACUCAUAAGGGACGGGAAUGAAAAAAUUAUGAGUCUUCAUAUAUAUCAUCCAUUAAUACAAAAGCAAUCGUAUAAUCCGUGUUUUGUACACCACUGUUCGCAUUUGUGUGUAUUGGCACCCAAUAGACGACAUACGUGUGUCUGUCCCGAUAAUUUGGUCCUUUCUAAAGACAAGAAGACCUGUGAGAAUAGAUCCAAAAUUAUAAAUAUUCAACAAUUUCUUAAUGAUCAGCAAAUAUUUAUGGAUCGCACCGAUAAUGACCACUCAGACAUAGAUGAAAAUGAAUCCAAUGAUAUUAUAAGGGAUUGGCUUAUGUUUGGUAUCGUUGUUGUUAUAAUUGUCUUAAUUGCUGUUUUUGUCUUUAUUUUCGUCAAAAGAGACGAUUACAGGUUUUAUAGCAAAUGUCCGUCAAAUUUCUUCGACUGCGGUAAUGAUAGAUGUAUCGGUCAUUUUUGGCGAUGCGAUGGCGAAGACGAUUGUGGCAAUUGGGCCGAUGAACAGUCGUGCGGAAGUCCAAUAGUUAAGACAGGACACGAAAUCAUUGAGAAGCACUGUGCUGUUAAUCACACCCACUGUAAUGAUACCUACGGCACAUGUAUACCAAAUAAAUGGCUGUGCGAUGGUAUGGAAGACUGUUCCAAUGGAAACGAUGAAAAAAAUUGUACAAAAGACAGGGCCCAGUGUUCGGGAUUUUUAUGCAAUACCUUUGAAUGUAUUCCUUCGCGCUGGAGAUGUGACGGUAUUCCCGAUUGCGAAGAUGCCUCCGAUGAGACUAACUGUCCGUCAAAACCAAAACACGACAUUUGUGAUAAAGAGCACGGAUUUUAUAAAUGUCUUACCGGAGAAUGUAUUCCCAUCUAUAAGCUGUGCGACAAACGUAAAGACUGUCCGCAAGGAGACGACGAGGGAACUGAAUGUCGAUCGAGUGGAUGCCAUACCAAGAAUUGUUCACAACUAUGCUUUGUUGAAUCAGAUGGACCACAAUGUUAUUGUCGCGAAGGUUUCAGUUUGGGUAGUGAUAACACAACUUGUUUUGAUAUCGAUGAAUGUGAUGACGGUUUGAAAGGACUAUGCAGUCAAAAGUGUGUCAAUAUUUAUGGUGGAUAUAAAUGCAAAUGUAGUGAAGGAUACAAAUUGAUUAACAAUAGGAGUUGUAUUGCAGCUGAAGAGGAACCACUUCUGUUGUUCUCAAAUAGUGAAGGUAUUCGUGGUUUUUGGCUCCGAAGCAAACAAUUCUUUCCCGUUUUUCACUCAUCCAAACAAACCAUUGGAAUCGACUAUUUAGCCAAAAAAGAUAGGGUUUAUUGGGUUGAAUUAGACGAAACUCCUGGAAUAUAUUCAUCCACUCUUAUGGGUGAUUACUUCAAACCUAUUGUCACAAAAAACUUUAAAGCACCUGAAGAUUUGGCUAUUGAUUGGGUCGGAGAAAACAUAUACAUAACAGACGGAGACUUACAUGAAAUAAUAGUCUGUAAUAUUGAUGGAGAUAUGUGUGCUUCGGGUUUAUUUGGUGUCUUAGAUAAGCCACGAGCCAUAGUUGUCGACCCAUCAAACGGAACUGUAUAUUGGACUGAAUGGGGAGAACAUCCGGGAAUAUAUAUGGCGGGAAUGGAUGGUUCAAACAAACAUCACUUAAUAAACAAUAAUUUGAUCUGGCCAAACGGUAUUGCAUUAGACUCGGUGACUAACCGAUUAUAUUGGUCAGAUGCUAAAGUCGGUAGAAUUGAAUACAUGGAUCUGAAGACAAAUCAAAGAGUAAUUGUAAUAUCAGACAAAGUUUUUCAUCCAUUUUCAUUAGACGUAUUUGAAGACUGGGUUUAUUGGAGCGAUUGGAUGACAUACUCAUUGGAUAAAAGCCAUAAACUGACGGGACAUAAUCAGUCAGUACUCAUACGGGAAAGGGAUGAACAGAUAAUGGGUGUCCAUAUAUAUCAUCCGUUAAUUCAAAAUCAAUCGUAUAAUCCGUGUUAUGUAAACCAUUGUUCGCAUUUAUGUGUAUUGGCACCCAAUCGACGACAUACUUGUGUCUGUACCGACAAUUUGGUUCUUUCUAAAGACAAGAAGACCUGUGAGAACAUACCGGAAGAAAUCCAUGAGAUUAAAGAGAAAGUACUGAAUAUAUCACACGAUAUGCUUACCAUUAAAGACGAUGUCAAACAUAUUCCCGAUGAAAUCAAUUUCAUUAAAAAAAGCAUAAACUAUUGAUGAAUGGCACCAAUG